AUGUCCACCAAUCCUUCUGUCAUUGCUACUGAUGAGGAUGAGCCUUACUCCAGUGGAACAUCUGCCUCUGUCAGUUACAACACACCUGGCUUAUCACUGGGUUCUUCUGCCAGUGUUACUGGUGACACACGUGUCUUCUCUAGUAACACCUCCAGUGUGUCCAAUGGACCUACCCAGCCAAGUUUAUCCAGCACAUCCUACAGUACAUAUCUUGGCCUGUUUGAGGAAGAAUACCUGUCAGAUGACCCCGACCUCCAAGAAGCCAUUUCAAGGUCUUUAGACUCAAGUGCAAGUGAAAGUGACGUCCAGAGCUUAGAGAGAAUCUUGGAGCAGAUUGUUACUAGAGUAAAUAAUGACAGCACUGUACGCUUCAACAUCAUAAGGCGAAAUGUGUGGGAUGGAGCAUCCAGAGCCAUGGGCAGAUCAAUUUUUCACCAGAGAAAAAAAAUAGAUGUGAAGUUUACUGAUGACUAUGGAAUAUCUGAGGGUGCUGUUGACAAUGGAGGACCUACUCGGGAGUUCUUCCGACUUUGCCUCUGUGAAGUCAAGGACAAACUUGGCAUCUUUGAAGGUCCACCCAAUGCUAAAGUUCUUACGUGCAAUUCUAAAGCAAUGAAAGAUAAUGGAUACUACUAUGCUGGCCAGAUCAUGGCAAUGUCAAUUGCCCAUGGGGGACAGAGUCCAUGUUUCUUGUCUGAACUCUUGUAUGAGUGUCUUCAAAAGGGUCCAGACAAUGUAAAAGUCAGCACUGAGCAUAUUACUGAUGAGGAAACAAGGUCACAAGUGCAGUCGAUCGUACAGGCCGAGAAUGAUCUACAGCUGCAAGAUGCAGUUGCACAGGCAGCCAGCUUGAUCAGUCUUGCUGGUCACAAUGUUUGCAUAACACUUCAAAACAAACAAGAAACUGCUUUGGAUCUGGCUCACUGGUAUGUCCUUCAACGGACCCGUGCACCUUUUGAAAGGUUCAGAGAUGGCUUGAGGUCUCUAGGUGUCCUAGAUGCUCUACAGACAUACCCUCUUCAGAUGAAGGAGUAA